AAACCCUAACGCUAGUGCAACCAAAGCACAAAUCCUAUAUAAGCCACCGCUUAACCUUGACCCUGUAUGCGACUAACCCUAGUUCAUUGCACUGCAACUUAGCCACUUGAACCCCCUUCGUAAGCCUCUUCACAUCUUCACUUCUUCUUCCGCACUAAUACGAAACCAGAGGGAAUUCACAAAAGAGGUUACCAUGUCGGACGAUGAGAGAGAGGAGAAGGAGUUGGAUCUCACUUCUCCGGAAGUUGUCACCAAGUACAAGAGCGCCGCGGAGAUUGUUAACAGGGCUUUGCAGUUAGUUAUUUCAGAAUGUAAACCGAAGGCAAAGAUUGUUGACCUUUGCGAGAAAGGGGAUUCGUAUAUUAGAGAGCAAACUGGUAGCAUGUACAAGAAUGUGAAGAGGAAGAUAGAGAGAGGUGUUGCCUUCCCUACAUGUGUGUCUGUGAACAACACUGUCUGUCACUUCUCUCCUCUUGCCAGUGAUGAAACAGUGUUGGAAGAUGGUGAUAUAGUGAAAAUUGACAUGGCUUGCCAUAUAGAUGGGUUCAUUGCUGCUGUGGCACACACUCAUGUUCUUCAGGAGGGGCCAGUUACAGGACGGGCAGCCGAUGCUCUUGCAGCAGCAAACACCGCUGCCGAAGUGGCCUUGCGGCUUGUAAGGCCUGGAAGGAAGAACAAGGAUGUAACUGAAGCAAUUCAGAAGAUUGCCGCAGCGUAUGAUUGUAAAAUUGUUGAGGGUGUUCUUAGCCACCAAAUGAAACAGUUUGUGAUUGAUGGGAAUAAGGUUGUGCUAAGUGUAUCCAAUCCAGAUACAAGGGUUGAUGAUGCAGAGUUUGAGGAGAAUGAAGUUUAUGCAAUUGAUAUCGUAGCAAGUACUGGAGAUGGCAAGCCUAAGCUUUUGGAUGAAAAGCAGACAACUAUUUAUAAGAGAGCUGUUGACAAGAGCUAUCACUUGAAGAUGAAAGCAUCUAGGUUCAUUUUCAGUGAAAUAAGCCAAAAGUUUCCCAUCAUGCCCUUCUCUGCAAGGGCUUUGGAAGAGAAAAGAGCUCGUUUGGGUUUAGUGGAAUGUGUGAAUCAUGAGCUCCUGCAACCUUAUCCUGUUCUGCAUGAAAAGCCUGGUGAUUAUGUUGCACAUAUCAAAUUCACUGUCUUGCUAAUGCCCAAUGGAUCAGAUCGUGUUACGUCUCACUCACUCCAGGAGUUGCAGCCCACCAAAACAAUAGAUGAUCCCGAAAUCAAGGCGUGGCUAGCAUUGGGCACAAAGACAAAGAAGAAAGGCGGUGGAAAGAAGAAGAAAGGUAAGAAGGGGGCAGAAGCUGAACCAAUGGAUGCAACAAAUGAUGCUACACCCCAAGAACAAGAUUGAGAGACAAAAACCCUUUGAUUUUGCUUUUGAUCCCUUUCAAUUUUGGUACAUUUUUCACCAAGUUGUAUCUGCUUGAUUGUGAAUUUAGUACAGCUUUCGGACAUCCAAUGUUAAUAGGAAUUUGAUUUCCUUGGCUAUUGUACUUGACCUGAAUGCUGUACUCCUGAUUAAGCAUAAAUAUGCUUAAUUGUUGGAGGGGUUUUAAUUUAUAAACAAAAGAUAUCAAAUUUAAAACCCAAUUACAUGGUUGGAAAUGUAUGUUGUGAGGUUUUGAAAUGGUUAACCUUGUUGGUUUGGGAA